AAAUUCCUAACGUCAUAUGAUUAAGUUUCGGUUUCCAGUCUGUUUUAUAUAAGAUCUACAAAGUGUUUGGAUAGGCUACAUAAAGCGCACAGACGCCUCACACAUUCAUUUCUCAGCAUUCGCAAGCAAAAAAUAUUACUGAAAGUUGUUGACAACCAUUUCUCAACAUGGGAGUCCAAGGACUGAAGAGCUACAUUGAAAGUAGCGACAGAAAUUAUUUAAGGAGCUGGGCUUUUAGAGACAAUCGACUAAUAAUUGAUGGAUGUAACUUAUUUUAUGCGCUGUACUUUGACUGCAAUUUGGAUCAGAUGCAUGGAGGAGACUAUGAUGCUUUUGAGGAGCUGAUCAUACAGUUCUUUAAGAACCUCGCAGCAUGUGACAUUCGCCCUUAUGUUGUACUUGAUGGCGGGACUGACCACACAGACAAAAAAUUAGACACUAUCAUGAAACGAAAACAGCAGAAAAUAAAUGCGGCCUAUGCCCUGUCUAUAGGGAAGAGAGGGACAGUGCUUCCUAUGCUCAUUAAAAAUGUGUUCAGACAGCUACUUCAUAAGCUCAAGGUACCACUGGUUCAGUGUAUUGAAGAGGCUGAUUGGGAAAUUGCUGCCUUGGCUAAAGAGUGGAAUUGUCCAGUUUUGUCCAACGACAGUGACUUCUAUAUAUUCAACCUCAAAGCGGGAUUCCUGCCAAUCACACAUUUCCAGUGGAAAAACGUGAGUGUGGACAGAAGGACAAACAAAAAAUUCAUCCAAGUCAAACACUUUACAGUGGGAAAAUUCUGUGAAUCUUUCAAAAUGAACGCUGACCUUCUCCCACUCUUCGCUUCCAUCUCAGGCAACGAUUAUGUGAAGUUGCCAAAUAUCAAGGACCUGGAUUGGGAGGAGUACUCGGUAACUGGCAUGAAAAAUGCCCGUAUUGAUGGGUUGCUUAACUGGCUAUCCCAGUUUCCAGGGCCAGAAGAAGCUCUAAGUGCUUUGCUGAAAUAUAUAGACAACAAAGAAAAGGCCAUCGCUCAAGAAGCACUUUUGAAGGGAAUUGAAGAGUACAAGCUCAUCCCUGGCUCUCUUGCCCAGUUCUUUAACUCGAAGGUGAUUCCACAGACAGCUUUGACAGGUCCUCUGCAAGUUCUGCCUGAAUGGACCUUGAAGCCUCUACUUGAGGGGAGGAUGAGUGCCACCAUCAUCGAUGCACUGUUACACCAAAGGGUUUUCUUGAUAUCCCAGGUUGAGAAUUUCGAACUCCCUUGCAGCAGUGAAACCUCUCGCCCCAUACGCCAGGUGAUUUAUGGGUUACUGUUGUUGGGAGAAAAACAGACAGCAGACAAACAAGCCCUUAAAAUAUUCACUGGCACAAGCAAGCGCUAUGUAGAGGAAUAUGGCAGACAAGAAUUAACAAUAAGCAAUCAGAAGGUUGAAGCCAUACAGACCAGGGUGAUGGAAGAACUUCAACUGGACACAUUAUGGAAGGAACCACAUGACGUGCGACUUCAGGUGUUCCUUGACACUUUGGGUGUGUCGUCCACAAUGUUAAGAGGGAUCCCACGUGCUCUACAGCUGCAAAUGUUUGCGACACGUUACUGGCUUGUAAAUGCACAACCUCAGCCGUGCCAAGUGCAUCUCUGGGGGCUGCUACUGGGAAUGGUCUAUGGAAAGCUCAAAAGUACACCUAAAACAGAAAGAGACAUGCAGUUCAGACUCAAACUACAAACGGGUCGAGGAAGGAUCUACUUGGAGGAGGAAGCAGCUCAUCUUUACAGCCAGUGGCAGUCGUGCCUGAAGUGGAGUCUCACUCUCAAUCGUUUACUGUGUCUUCCACUAUCUGAACCAGAGUGUGCACGUUUGUACAGUGGAACACUGGUGCACCAGGUCGUUCGAGAGCUCAGGAGAGGCAUCGCUCUGGAGUCUCUGCUGAUGAGGGGCUCAAGCGCUGAGCAUCUCUUCAAACAGCUGAAGGAUGCAAUUGUGAGCUUAGUGGGUGAAGACUUCAUCAAUAAAAUGAAAACUGGGCUUGAGCGCAGAGAUGCUGGGAAAACACAGAAUGGCUACAAAGCCCAGAAUCAGUCUAUAGAUGAUCUGAGCAGUUGGUUUGAACAUCUGAUGAAUGAGGAUAUCGAUGACAAUGAAGAUGAUGAUCUCGAUUGGAACAGAAGGAACAGCAUAGCCAUCCGUACCAGACACAAGGCUAAAGCUCGAAAUGCUUAUCAUCCCUCCAAGAAAUCUGAGAGGAGAUGCUUCGACUUGUAAAAACAAACAAAAAAUCAUUAGUUUGCAGUAAUGCACUUACAAUGGAAAUAGGGAAAGGCAUUGCAUCAGAAUGAAUGUUAAAAUGAUAGCAUGUCCACUGUAUGACAUCAGUAUCACUUGAUUUAAACCAAAAAUCAGUUUGAGAUAUUUGUAUUAAGCUGUUGGAUAUUGGUAUCAAGAAGGUCUUUUUUUUUUUCUAUGAUUGUGUUAUAAUGCCAUUAUAAUGUUAUAAUGAGUAUUUUAAUGAACAUAUUUACAAACAUAACAUGAAUGUUUUUAAUUGAAGUAUUAAAUUAUUUUUCUAUUUUAAUCUUUCUUUGGUGUGUAAAUAACUUUACAGAUUUCUAUAUUACAGCAUAUGUUAACUUACAAUUACCUGAAGUAUAUUCAGCAACAUACAGUACACUCACAUACAAUGAUAUAGUCAACAGAGUAAAUCUCAACUAAUUGACUGUCUGUAAAUCAUAUGUAAACUAUCUUAUUGUACAGCUCUAAACUGCAACAUGUGGACAAUUGGGCAUUAAAGUAUUAUAAACAUCAUCAUCAUGAAUUUUUGUAAAGCUGCUUUGAAACGAUGUGCAUUGUGAAAAGUGCUGGACAAAUAAAAACGGACUUGACUUGAAAUAA